AUGUUUCCCAGUGUAAAGGACCGAGCACGACAAUUGUUUGGGGAGGCCGCCGUUCCCGAUACUCCACCUCCACCUCCAGUCGCAACUGGUAGGAGAGGCGCGCCGAUAAGGGCGACAGCAGCAGCAACAGCCAAGUCGACCCCAGAACCAAAAGCACAACCAAAAACACCCGCGAGACCCUCGAGAGCCGACCCCAAGUCGAAGAAGAGUGCGCCGCCACCGCCGGUCGAAGAGACACCAAAACCUAUAGGGUCAUGGCCGAGCCCGUUUGAACAAUUCAAGGCGAGAGCGGCGCCACCACCAGCGAAAGUGACGCCGCCAACGCCAUCAAAAACUACGUCCAAGUCAGCGAAAUCUGCUUCCGUAGUAUCGAAGUCAGUCAAGUCUUCCAAGGAAAAGACCGAAAAGUCUUCAAAACCAAGCGAUAAGAAAUCGCGCUCAAAAAGCCCUCCAACCGCCAAAGUCGCACCCACCCCCAAAAAGGCUCCCGAACCCAAAAUCGUCGCAAAGAAGAAAGUCGAAUCAAAACCCGCCCCCGAACCCAAAAAACCUGCCACUCGCCCCAGUCUCUUCUCCCGUGCCACCACAUCCUCGACCUCGCGCCCAAAAAUCCAACGCUCCUCCUCCUCUUCCUCCCUCGACUCAAGCUCCGAAGAAGAAAGCAGUUCCUCCGACGAAGACUCGGAAGACGAAGACGACCUCCGCGCAGCCUGCAUGCGCGAAGUCUCCAAAAUCGGCGCUCUCAAGGGUAAAAACCUCGCUAUCCAGCUCCGCCAGCGCUCCGAGGGCGGCUGGUACGCUGCUCUCAAAGAUGUCGGCGCCGACAAGUACCUCAAGAUGUGGAUGAAUCGCGAUAAGACGUUUGAGACGCAGGAGGAGGCGCUUGAGGCGUAUCUUGUGUUUGUGAAGAAGAUGGGGGCUGAUGUUAAGCUUUUUGGGCCGUUGAGUCCUAAAAUUGGGGGCAGGGGGAGGGGCUUCUUUUCUUAG